AUGCCACCCGAGGGAAGUACGAGUGUCGAGAAACUUCAAGACUGCCAAAGCCUAGUCAGAAGCAGUCGGGAUGCAGAGAUAGACCACCCGGCCCAGGUGCCUCGUCGUGUUAGAGGAUUGAUACUUCACGCUGGAUUUCUGUUGUUGACGGCCGGCUGGUGUCGCUGUUCCGUUCUGGCUUUCGGGCGCAGUAUCUGGGCAUGCUUAUUGUCUAUCGAUCGUCUAACUAUGAAUUCAACAGACGGAGCUUCGUGUGAGUCUAGUCUCGAGGCCUUUUCCUUGGGCGAUGAUGUGUAUGUCGGUAGUGGCAAUGAGCGACUUGGAAAGAUAGCGUUCAUAGGAGAGACGCAGUUUGCAGCGGGUGAAUGGAUAGGUGUUAUUUUGUCCACACCGAACGGAAAGAACGACGGCUCUGUUGGCGGCGUCACUUACUUUACUUGCCAACCGUCUUACGGUAUUUUUGCGAAGCGCCAAAACCUGCGUCGGUUUACUCUUUGUGAAAAGAGUCCAAUCCAUUUAGGUACAACUUCGGAUGGUGAUCGAGAGCCUCAUGCGUCCCCUAAGGCGUCCGUCUCACCGUCCCCUGUACUACCUGCAUCUGGCGGAUCUAGGCCGGAGACCCGACAGUCCCAGUUUCAGCUUGGAGACCGUGUUCAGAUAUCUGGAGGUCGUGUCGGAGUGUUGCGAUUCUUGGGUCCGACAGAAUUCGCUGCUGGUGAGUGGGCGGGGAUUGAGUUGGAUGAACCCCUAGGCAAGAACGAUGGGUCCGUUGGAGGGAAACGCUACUUCGCCUGUAAACCCAACUUUGGUUUAUUUGCGGCGGCUAACAAGCUAAUGCCUGCCGGUUCCCAAGUUACUGCGCGCAAUAGCGCGGGUGCAAACAACCGUCGUAGCCAAGAAUCCCUACUAUCCUACUGUUCAAAUUUGAGCUCUGUAUCCCGCUCAUACCGGGCUCAAUAUGCCCCCAGUGUUCAGAACCGCACAACUACUCCCACAACUCGACGUACAGGCUCUGUAGCUAAUAAUUCCGUACAAAAGGAACAGCUUUCUAAUAUCCAAACACUCCAGCGACUUAUCCGCGAAAAAGAAGAACACAUCAGCCAACUGCUAGAGGAGCGUGACAUUGAGCGUUCGGAUUUGGCUAAAGCCACGUUAGAAAGGGAACAGGCUGAACUAGCAGUAAUUAAUCAGCGGCACCAGAUCGAGCGGCUAAAUCAGCAGCUGGAGAACAUGGAAGCCGCACAUCGCAUACUACAGGAGGACCAUGAACAACUGUUGACGCGCCUACACGAGGAAAGAAAGAAGGUAGAUGAUUUACAGUUUCGCAUGGAAGAGGAGAAGAUAACCAAGUCCACAUUAGAAUCCCUCAAUGCAGACGAUGAGUCUAAGAUAUUUGAACUUGAAGAAGCCUUGAUGUUAGCUCGAGAGACGAAUGAACAAACUGAGGCUGAACUCUCUCGCGUUCGUGAAGAACUCGCUGCUCUUUUAGCACGGCAGGAAACAUCACGCCGUGAUUCGAAAAGUACCGAAACAACAGUACAACAGUCGGCCUCCUCCUCACAAACUGAAAGCAUAGAACAAGAAGAAUCGGAGAGGUCUCCGGGUGGAGCUCAACCCCAGACUAAGGAUGUCAAAGUGGGAUCGCCAAGGCGGAUGUCCUUACAUCAGGAAAACAUGGUUGGUCUGACCAGUGUGGCUCCGUCAAUUCACGGACCGGAUGUAGCUUUGCAAACCGAACUAGACCGUCUGCACCGUGAAAUCGCUGACCGAGAGAAAAUAGCUGAAAGUGCACUAAAACGCCAGGCAGAUGUUUUGGAGCUUACCAAGACUGAGUACGAAAAGCAAAUCAUGGACCUGAAUGCUCAAAUUACAGUUGCCUCAGAGGAACUGACGAAAUCACAAGCAGACUGUGAGGUAGCCAGAUCUCAUUUAGAAUCCACCACCGCCUCACUGCAGAAAGAUAUCGAAGACUUAAAGAAGAAGCUACGAGAUGAGGAACAGAAGUCCAGUGAGAAAAUAAUCUCAUACCAAAACCACAUCGCCGACCUGACUGCCGCAUUAGAACACGAGAAGAGCAAAACUUCAGAAGCUACUGUUGAACACCAGCUUGCCCUUCACAACCUCGAAGAGAAACUAAGACUUGUUGAAAGCCAGCUUGUGGACUAUCAGUCCUCUGUGCUGUCAUCUGCUGCGGGCUGUGUACAAAACCAGAUUGAUCAAGUUUCCAGCUUUACCGAUCCCAAUGUUGACUCUGUCUCCAUCCUUUCAAGACUGAAGGAGCAGGAAGCCAACUUAAAAAGUCAGCUGGAUCAGUUAGCAGCUGCCCGGGCUGAGAGGGAUGCUGCGAUUGCGGCGAAGCUAAAU